GUUGCUAUGAUACCAGCAGACUGAAGAAGCUCGUUUCUUUGAGUUAAACUCUUAAAACAGUUUAAGAAGUAAAGUUUGAUUAAAAAUGUCGGACACCACCAUGGACCAGGAAAGUGAAAAGUCAAAGGGUGUUUUCUCCACAUUAGUGGCUGUUGGAGAUUCCUUGUACCUUAAAGGAGUGAAUAACAAAGCUAUAGACAGUUACACCACGGCACUGUCCAUAAAGCCCGAUGAUAAGACAUGCUUGGUGGGUCGAUCCAAAUGUUACCUGAAGAUGGGACAGUUUGGAAACGCUUUGUCUGACGCAGAGGCUUCACUUCAAGAAGACAAGACAUUUUUUAAGGGAUUGUACCAGAAGGCAGAGGCCUUGUACUACUUGGGGGAGUUUGAAUUCGCACUGGUAUUUUACCACAGAGGACAGAAGCUACGUCCCCUAAUGCAAGAGUUCAAACUGGGGAUUCAGAAAGCAGAAGCAGCUAUAGAAAAUUCUGUUGGCAGCCCUUUAUCUGUAACGCUGGAAAUAAAAGGAGACCUAACAUUUUUCCAAAAAGAUGAAGAGAGGGAACAGCCGAUCACUGCUAUUCAGCACCUGACCAAGGGGAAAAAACAGCAAACCCAGAAAAUCCCUAAGAGUGAGAAGACAACCAAACAACUGCUGGGAGAGUUUUACAGUGACAGGAAAUUUCUGGAGAACCUGCUUGAUAAUAAAGACUUGUCGAAAGGUAAGACAAAGGGCGGAGAACGAGUGCAAGACGUCAUUCAAAGCUGUCUCUCAUCCCUUGACACUUGCACUAAGUUCUUAAGUAAGGAGAAACCGAUUAGUGCAUCAGGAAGGAAGCAUCAGAUGAAACAUAACAGGCCCUAUCAUAGCCCUCUAUCUGACCCGGCUCAGUUUCUGUUGAAGAGCCUGGAUGAGAUCGAUGCAGAGUUGACAUCUGGAAAUGCAGAGGGUAGUCUCAGGAAGGCGUUCGAAGUAAUGAAGACUGUGCAGGCAUGGUCUGAGAAAGAUGUGCCCAAAAAGAAAGAGGUUUUGGGAAGCCUGCACAGUUGCAUUGGAAAUGCUUUGACAGAACUGGGAGAUAUAGACAAAGCGAUGGAGCAUCAUCAAAAAGACCUGGAGCUGUCCACACAGUGUAAUCUCCCAGAUGCAAUGUCACGGGCUCUGGACAACAUAGGGGGGCUUUAUGCUCAGGUUGGACAGUACACACAGGCCAUUGAGUUCUGGGAGAAGAAGAUCCCCCUGGUCUGUGGUGGUUUGGAGAAGUCCUGGUUGUUCCAUGAGAUCGGUUGGUGUCACCUGGAGCUCGAUCACCACAAAGAAUCCAGAGACUAUGGCGUCCGUUCUCUCGCUGCAGCUGAUGAGAUUGCUGAUUGGAAAUGGCAGAUUAAUGCCAGUGUUUUGGUGGCACAAUCAGAAUUGAAACUCGGAAACUUUCAAUCCUGUGUCUCACACUUCGAGAGAGCCUUGACACUGGCCAAACUGGAAGAGGAUCACUCUGCCACGAGUGCCAUUCAGAAGGCGCUUGAUGAAGCGAAGCAGCAUCUACAGCAGUGAGGACGUCCUGCACAAAACCACGAUCAUUAAAUUUAAGUUAACAGAAUAAAAGAUGAAAGUCUACUCCUUCAACAAUAAGCAUUUUAAAUAGUUUUUUUUCACAUAUAGAGGUGCUACAAAUGUGUGAUUGUGACAUUUAUCUUAGGCUCACAGUAACAAUAAAAAAAUACACCCUGA